CCCGGGAUAAAAAUACAGAAAUUUAUAAAUAAAUAAAUAAAAGGCACACAUCUUUUUUUUUUUUUUUUUCGUUCCUAUUAUUUAACACUAAAUUUAAUCAUGGCACCUCCACCUAAGGAUUAUUGGUUCCAUAUCAAGUACUGGGCAGUCAUUAUCCCUCUUGCCUACAUAAUCUCCUUUCUCUACAUGUUCUAUCCUCUUGCUGGAAUUCACAAAUUGAACCAAGAUUACAAUAUUGAAUCCUGUGAAAAGAUUUCCGGACCUGCUGACUUUCGUUACUGUGAAGAUGUCAUCUUGUCAACCACCGAACCUGGCAUCGCUUAUACCACUUGUGACCCCGAACGUCAUUUACAUAAUAAAGUCAUGGGCAUUAGCUCUUUGGCUCCCGGACAAACCGCCAAAAGUGGUGGUUACUGGAGAGUUGACUACACACAGCGCCCUGCAUCCAUUGAACAAUUUCAAGUAAAGGACUUUGAUACCGAGACUGACUUUCACCCUUUGGGCAUGACAGUGGAUACCCACCCAGAGACAGGCGAAAGAUUACUUGUGUCUGUAAACUUGCCUCAUUACGGCGAGGCUUCUAUUGAGUUUUACACCAUCGAUGAUGCCAACCUGGAACUUCAACACAAACGUACGAUUCGUCAUGAAAAGAUCUACAACCCUAACUCUGUGCAUGUCAUGAAGGAUGUGCGUUUCAGAGCAGCUGAUGGUACACCUUCCUUCUUCUUUACGAACGACCAUUACUUUAUGAAGGCCGGACUUCUCAAGAAAAUCGAAAACUACUUUUUUUACUUGAGUAACGUGGGUUUCUAUAACGCACGUACGGGGGAGGUCGAAAAGGGAAUGAACGGCAUGUUAUUCGCUAACGGUGUGACAGGAAAUGACCAGACCUUAUUUGUGGCCGAAACUAACCGUCGCACCAUUAAAAAGUAUCAAAUCUUGACUCAUGAAGAUGAGCAACGUGUGCCUCAUAUCACCCUCAGUUAUCAGACUCAGGCCGUCUUUGAUAUGGCCGUCGAUAAUUUGCGCUUUCACGAAGAAAAGAAUUUGGUCACUGUGGCUGGUCACCCCAAGGGCAUUCAGGCUAUGCAAUACAUGAUGGCCAAGAACAAGUCUGAUGUGACUAAACCUCCUUCUCAAGUCGAUGUCUGGGAUGUCACCACGGGAGAAACAGAGACGCUCAUCAAGGACAAUGGCGAGUUAUUCACGACUUCCACUACAGGUGCUCUUGACUUGGUCCAUUCUAAACUUGUCGUAGCUGCUCUCUUUGAUGAAGGUUUAUUAAUCUGUGACAUUUAAAUAAAGAACAAAAAAAAAAGAUAUAA